CUCGUGACUACAAGUAACAUAAUUAUAUCAAGUUAGAGGUCUUAUCUUACUAUUCUUAUCUAACUGACAUUUAAACCAUUUAAAUCAUUCUUUUGGAAAAUACGUGGCAGUGCGAAACGAAAAAAUGAUACGUUUUCUUCUUGCGUCCUUCAUUUUUAUGGGGUUUGCUACUCUUGUGUCACCAUUAAGCACCAUUAAGUGUCGGUUGUGUAACCAAGCGCGAACAUUGGCUGAUUGUAACAGUCUUGUUACUUGUGACGCCACACUCGAGAAAUGUUUCAUGGAUGAAAUCAUAACAGAUCAACUUACAGUUGUAUAUAACGGCGGCUGCAGAGCUAAGAGUGUGUGUGACGUUAGUGGAGGGAAACGUAGUAACCUGUUAGCGUGUUCAAGGUGCUGUGCAUUUGGAGAAGACUGUAAUAAACGGUUAUGUGGAAUCAAAGAUGACACGUUAAACAAUACCCAGUGCUACAGCUGUGAUCAUAGGUCUUCGGAACAAUCCGAAGUAAAAGAUUCAGACUCCUGUGUAACACUCGAUACAUGUAACGUAAAUGAGGGAUGCUAUUCUACACAGUCAGAUAUUGCGGGAAAAGAUGUGUUUUUCUACGGUUGUUUGAAUAU